AUGAAGAACGCAGAUAACGAAGUUAAGCCUGUCCUUAUCAUUUCGAGCGAUGGCGGUCCUGACGAGAACCCACGAUAUCGCAAAGUGAUAGCACACGCAAUAGGGCAUUUCAAAAAAUAUGAUUUGGACGCAAUAUUCAUUGUGACUAAUACUCCUGGCAGAAGUACUUUUAACAGAGUAGAGGGGCGCAUGGCUCCACUCAGCCGAGAACUAACGGGUGUUGUCCUUCCCCAUGACUCUUUUGGGACACAUCUUGACUCCAGCGGCAGAACAGUAGACGUUAGCCUGGAAGAGAAUAAUUUCAAGAAGGCAGGGGAAAUUUUAGCUGAAAUAUGGUCUGCAGUGUGUAUUGACGGACACGAAGUAGUUGCUAAAUACAUCGACCCAAACAACGACACUUCCAGCGUCUCAGAUCUGCCAGCCGAAGGAUGGUAUACUGAGCACGUUAGAGAGAGCCAAUAUUUACUUCAGGUUGUGAAAUGCGAUGACGGGGACUGCUGCAGCCCACGUCGGAGUGCUCUACAUAUGAUUCUUCAUAACCGUUUUCUGCUACCUUCUUACCCUAUCACUCAGGUUGAUGGGCAUCCGACGAUCCCCAACCCUGAAGAGCAUGACGGAAAGUCAUUUGCUCCCUUCUUGAUUCGCUACUGCCUACCGAUUCAACCUUUGCACGACUUUAUCAGCUGCAGUACAUGCGGUAUCUACUUUUCAUCUAUUACAAGAGCCGCAGAGCACCGGCGUGCAGUUCAUAGUGCACUAGCUGCACCAGCGCGCAAAGUGCGACCCUCACGGAUUGUCACUCGUCGAGCUACUGAGCUUCUGUGUGCAAGCGAUAACGGGUUAGAAUGGCUAUAUCAAAACAAGGUGAAGGAGCAGAUGAUUUUACUGAAAAUUACAUGGACAUGUUGGUUCCAGUAG